GAAACUUGGAACACGCGGGGAAUAGUCGCCAUCCUCCCUUUCUCUUCGCAUUUUGUCGGUAGGGCCUCAGUUCUUGACUAUUCCGAGCUGUGAAACAGCUCUUGAGGUCUCCCUGGACCUGCGGACUAGCGCCAACAGGCAGAUCUAGUAGUUCUUAUUCGCUACAGUUAAAGUCUUAAAUAAUGUCGUCGCCAGGCGAGGCUGCAGCGCGCCAAGCGCUAAAAGGCGCUCGUCGGAUCGUGAUCAAGGUCGGAACGGCCGUGGUGACGCGUCCCGAUGGCCGACUUGCGCUCGGGCGAAUGGGAUCUCUCUGCGAAGCGAUUGAGGCUCUCUUGGCGGACGGUCGAGAGGUCAUUCUGGUGACCAGCGGCGCCAUAGGGGUGGGCCGCCACAAGCUGCGCUUCCAGCGCUUCAUGCGCACGAGCUUCAAGGACCUGCAGAGGCCGCAAGGGGAGAUUGACGGCAAGCCUUGUGCUGGUAUCGGGCAGGGCGAGCUCAUGGCUCUCUACGAGUCCCUCUUCAACCAGAUGGACGUUGGGUGCGCCCAGUUGCUGGUCACCGAGCGUGACUUUGACAACCUGGAGUUCCGCAACCAGCUGCGCUCCACAGUCUCCUCCCUCCUGGACCACCGUGUGGUGCCUGUCUUCAAUGAGAACGACGCCAUCUCCACUCGCAGGGCGCCCUACAAGGAUGCCACAGGUAUCUUCUGGGACAACGAUUCUCUUGCUGCUCUACUUUCUCUCGAGCUUCAAGCAGACGCCCUGGUGCUGCUGUCCGACAUUGAAGGGCUCCACACCAAGCCGCCCUCGGACCCCGACUCCGAGCUCAUCCACACCUAUGUCAAGAGCGCGCAUGAGGACUCCAUCAAGUUUGGCGAGAAGAGUCGUGUGGGUCGUGGCGGCAUGACAGCCAAAGUCGAAGCCGCGAUCCAUUCAUCUGGCGGGGGUGUCCCUACAGUCAUCGCCAGUGGGCUGUCCAGCGACGCGCUCCUGCGCGUGCUGGCGGGGGAGAUGGUCGGCACGCUCUUCCACAAGGACGCGCACCUGUGGGCCGUUGCCAAGACCGUGAAGAGCGCUGCCAGGGACAUGGCUGUGGCUGCUAGGGACUCCAGCCGCAGGCUGCAGGCUAUGUCCACUGAGAAGCGCAAGCAAGUGCUUCUGGAUGUUGCCGACGCGCUGGUGAAGCGGGAGGCGGAGAUCAUCGAGCAGAAUGCUCAUGACGUACGGACGGCUGAGAUCAACGGCAUUGUGCCGGCCUUGCUGCAGCGGCUGAAGCUGAAACCCAACAGAAUCCAGCAGCUGGCGGAGGGCAUUCGAGCCAUUGCUGAGAUGCCAGAUCCGAUAGCAGAGACGCUCGCACGGACCCAGCUGGCUGAGGGGCUGGAUCUGGAGAAGCAGCGGUGGCCGCUGGGAGUGCUGCUGGUGAUCUUUGAAGCUCGGCCAGAUGCCAUGCCACAGAUUGCAGCCCUUGCUAUUCGCAGUGGCAAUGGUCUGCUGCUCAAGGGAGGGAAGGAGGCACUCAACUCCAACCGGAUCAUCCACGAGGUGAUCGCAAGCGCACUGCCUGCAGAGGUGGGUCCCUCUCUCAUCGGGCUGGUGACAACGCGUGACGACAUCUCGGACCUGCUGAAGCUGGACGACGUGAUCGACCUGGUGAUUCCGCGGGGCAGCAACGCGCUGGUGAAUCAUAUCAAAUCCAACACCAAGAUUGCGGUGCUGGGCCACGCGGACGGCGUGUGCCACGUGUACGUGGACAGGGCUGCCAACCUCAGGAUGGCCAAGAGGAUCGUGCUGGACGCCAAGAUGGACUACCCGGCCGCCUGCAACGCCAUGGAAACCCUGCUGAUCCACGACGACCUUGUGAAGUCAGGAGCUGCAGCAGAGCUCAUUCAAGAGCUCAAAGACAAUGGCAUAGUGCUGUAUGCAGGCAAAACAGCCGCCUCGGCGUUCAGCCUCCCUGUGGCCCCUGAUCUGCAUCACGAGUACGGGGCGCUGGAAUGUACGGUGGAGAUCGUGCCAGACAUGGAGGCGGCCAUCCAGCACAUCCACUCGCAUGGCAGCGCUCACACCGACGCCAUCCUCACCGAGGACAAGGAAGCUGCCGAGAAGUUUCUGGCGUCCGUGGACAGUGCGGUCGUGGUGCACAACGCCAGCACGCGCUUCUCCGACGGCUUCCGCUUCGGGCUCGGGGCCGAGGUGGGCAUCAGCACGAGCCGCAUCCAUGCGAGAGGGCCUGUCGGGGUGGAGGGGCUUCUCACAACGCGCUGGUUGCUGAGAGGCGCAGGCCAGGUGGUGAACAAGGACAAGGACGUCAUCUACACCCAUAAAGCACUCCCUCUAAAGGACUAAUUCGGCAAAGGAUUUUUUAGUGUAAUUCGAGGCGCCUAAAGCUGUGGUGUGUUGGUCGAGGGGUGUAGGUAAGGUCAAGUGGCAAACACGGAGAUAGAUGCGAACUUAUACACCAUUUGUUUGUGUGGUAGAGAGCAUUUUGAGGCGCCGUAUAGAAUAGUUGCUGAUCCAUUUAGGCCACAUGUUGAUUGAUGGGUAGUCAUCUACAUUUGCCACUUCUAAUGAAACAUAGGAAAUCUCUCUUAAUGUGGUUUAAGGUA